AUGACAGCCAAAAUACAAACAGAUGAAUCCAACGUUUACCUUGGUUGGUUAGAAAAGGCAAUAUCAGAAAACUAUAUUAAAUAUUAUAAUUACGAUGAGUUCGUUAAUAAAGAAGAAAUCAGCUGCUGUUCCUAUGGAAACGUUUCUCGUGCAAGCUGGGGAGAUUCCGGUACUAUAAUGGCCAUAAAAUAUUCACUAAACUUAACCAUCCAAGAAAUUGUUAAUGAG